AUGGCGGCCUUCUCAAAGCCAGUAGCAUCAACACCAAUGAGCGAGCACGAGUGGGACCCCUAUGGCCCAGCCGUCUUCAUCCACAUCGGCCAACCCUCGUUCGUCGUCAGCUGGAAAAUCAACGUCUCCAUGCUCUGCUUCUACAGCGAAUGGUUCCGCCGCAUGUGCGGUCCAAACUCCGUCUACUUCCCUGUCGACCCCAACGAACCCUUCGAAAUCCGCCUCCCAGGCGACGAUCCCGCAACUUUCAGCAUGGUCCUAUACUACCUCCAAAACCGCCGUUUCUUCGAUUGGAACGUCGAGCCAGGCGCCGUGCUUACUUUCGACAAAAUUAUCGAUCUGUUCUCGUUUGGUGAGGAGAAGGGCAUGCCGAUUAUCAUGAAUGCGGCUGUGGAUUUGUUUGUGAGGCGUAUUAAGUAUUGCACCGUACUCCCAGAUGGUUGGGCUUCAGAGUACUUGUGGAAGAAGACUCAGCCAGGUUCCAAGCUUCGCAAGUGUUUCGUCGAACUUACUCGCGCCAUCGCCAUCCCGUACCGUCACAAGUCGCAAAUCUGGGGCACGCUUGUUCAUGGCUUGUCAGAAGACCCGGAUCGUUUGGUCUAUGCUAUUCGGGAGAUGAUGGAAGAUGGGCAGGUCAUUCGGGUCAGUGCCAUGAUGACCCGUCGUUGGCAGGCAUGCGAGUGGCAUACUCAUGAGCAGGGAGUUAUCUGCGAGGGAGCUGAGGAAGCUACGCUCGAUCGUGGUCGUGGAGAGGAUGAUGCCGGCAUCGGUCUUGAGCGCGGCGGUCGUGGCUGA